UAAAGCGUGUAGUUGUUUGUAGUGGUUAUUCAAGUGUUUCCUCAUAUGGUGAAUUAUGUGACCGGCUGUUUAGAGCCUUCGGCAUAAGCAUAGCAUGCUGGUUGCAUUUGACUGUGAAGGGAUUACGAGCAUAGAUAUUACUCGUUGCUAAGUAAUACCAUGGAUUAACUAUCAAAUUAUGGUUUUUAAUUGUUGUUAUUGGUAUAUGGGAGUAUACAGCCAACUCAUGUUAGAUGCAUCAUUAAGGUAUCCUCAUGGUUCAUGUGAUAAAAGCUCUUGAAACUUCUUCUGAAAAAGAAAAUGGUAUUUAGUUUUGUGUAGUAUUAUGCCAUAGGUCUGCAAUAGGAUGUAGAAUGGGGAAAAACAAACUUACAUUACUCUGUGUUGUUUCUGUAAUUGAUCUGCUAUUUGCUUGGUAGCCAAUUUUUCUAUUGUCUAAAACAUAGAUGUAAUUUCUUUUGUGGUUUGAAUAACUUCGGUGUCUUCCUUGAACAAACAAGAAUGAUAUUAACUUUACUAUGACAAUUUAGGGGCCACUUUGGAAAGUUGAUCUUCUGACAUAUUAUGAUAUUUUCCCUGGACAAGAAAGUGCCAUAAAAGAGAGUUUUGAGAUUGCCACAGCUAGGCGCAUAUUGAAUAUAUAAUGAAACUUGUGUUUACUUUAUCACUUGGAAAGUGUGUUUACUUCAUCACUUGAGAUAACCAAGGACACCUUCACUUUGACUUCUCAAUUUUGAAUUUCAGUUGCUCCUGCAGCUUAUAAUCGGAAUUUGUUAGGAAUUUGCAUGCAGAUCUUUGUUUUUAACGUUAGCUGCAGGUGUUGGAGAUGCUAAAGGUCGGUAAACCCCUUAGUAGUACUUGGUUUGCAAGGCUUUCUUCUGCAGAGAUUCACUAUUUCUACAAGUUGUGGAAUUUGUUAAUCUUCUCAAUCGAGGGGCUUAAGUGUGUGGGUUGCUAAACUCGUCUUUCAUAUCUCAACCAAGAGAUACCUCUCCAAAUUUGCCAUUGUCUAUUCAUUUCUUCAUCAUAUUUGAACCUUAACAGGAUCAGCAUGAUUUUGUUACUGAUAAAACACAUGCUUUUAGGUGUAUGGUCACUUCGCUGUUCAUUUUAGGCAUAUUUGCCUUCUAAACUUUGAUAUUCAAAUCUCUUGAAGUGUGGCAAUAACAUAUAGAUAACGUCAUUGCUCUGUCCUGUCCCCAAUUAUGGGGUUGGCCUUUAGUCCCCUCAGCAACAAUUCUUCUCCAGUAUCCAUUGGAGGGUGGAUUUAAACUAACAAGAAACAACAGUCUCUUGAAGUGUGGCAAUAACACAUAGACAAGGUCAAUAACAUAUACACAAGGUCAUUGCUGUGUCCUUGUCCAAAAUUAUGGGGUCAGCCUUUUUGUCCACUCAGCUACAAUUCUUCUGCAGUAUCAUUAAGAGGGUUGAUGUUAACUAACAAGAAACAAAAGAGAUUCUGCUAAUAGGUGCUGGACUACAAUUGCCCUAUCUUCCUAGAUAUGAAGCAUUUUAAUUAGUGGUGAACUACCAGCUGGUUUACCCAUGAUUGCAAAUCUUCUGGUAGUUUGGAGAUCUGUCUAGAACUUGAUUUUGGGACACAAAUAGCUAAAUUGAAAUGAGCUCAAUUUUAUUUGAAGACACACCUUCUCAAGUCCUAAGCAAGGGAAAGAAUUAAGUGAUGAGUAAGUACAAUUGUCAGAGGAGACUUGUUGCAGAAAUGCUGAUGGAGGUUGGGACGUCUAUUGGUCGUUUCCAGUAUAGUUGGAUUUGGGUCCAGAACUUCAAGCAAGCAAGUGAUCAUGCAAUGCUAUUGCUUUCUAUUCACUGCUGGAGGCUCUGGAGUUCCUCAGUGCUGCAUUAUUGUUAUUUGUGUGGGAUUAUAGUAGUUCUACUUGUUUUGAUGAAUCCUUCUCUUGGAGUAAUGCUGAUUGGAGCUGCUCAACCUUUCUUGGAUUAUUUUGUUGCUGAAUUCGAUUGGUCUGCAGCAGUAUAGAAGAAAGCAACAAUGUCAUGGAGUGUUUGCUUGGCUUGUUCGAGCCACUAGAUAUGUUUAAAAUUUUAGGAUCUUUGCUAAAUCAGUUGCUAUCUGCAGGUUUUCUAGACUUAUUACCAGCUGAUAGAUAGAUUCAGUUUGAUCUGGAGAUAUCCUUUUCAAUGGAGGAAGUGGAAAUUAAGCAUUCUGGAUCUGAAGAUCUUGUCUGUCAGCAACAGAAUGAAACCUGCAAAAGUGAAAAAAAGGCAGGGGGGUCACACUCACAGCAGUCUGGUGGGCCUUGUAUGCUCAAACAAGAAUUAAAUGAGGCAGAAGCUACUGAAUUGGUGGAGAAGGGGUUUAUGGAGUAUGGUUGUUCACAUUAUCGAAGAAGGUGCCGGAUUAGAGCUCCUUGUUGUGGUGAGAUCUUUGAUUGUCGCCACUGUCAUAAUGAGGCCAAGAACAAUAUCAAUGUUGACCUGAAGCUCAGGCAUGAUAUCCCACGGCAUCAAAUAAGUCAGGUCAUAUGUUCACUCUGUGGCACAGAACAGGAGGUCCAACAAGUCUGCAUUAACUGUGGUGUAUGUAUGGGAAAAUAUUUCUGUGAGACCUGCAAAUUUUUUGAUGAUGAUACAUCGAAGAGACAGUAUCAUUGUGACAGUUGCGGAAUCUGUAGAAUUGGUGGACGGGAGAACUUCUUCCAUUGCUACAAGUGUGGUUGCUGCUACUCAAUUCUUCUGAAAAACAGUCAUCCCUGUGUGGAAGGAGCAAUGCACCAUGACUGUCCUGUAUGCUUUGAGUUUUUGUUUGAGUCAAGAUAUGAUGUUACUGUUCUGCCUUGUGGACAUACCAUUCACACAGAUUGCUUUAAGGAGAUGAGGGACCAUUUCCAAUAUGCUUGUCCUCUAUGCUCCAAGUCAGUUUGUGACAUGUCAAAGGUUUGGGAGAGAUUUGAUGAAGAGAUUGCAGCUACACCAAUGCCUGAACCUUACCAAAAUAAAAUGGUCUCAAUCCUUUGCAAUGAUUGUGGAACGAAGUCAGAAGUUCAGUUUCAUGUCCUGGCCCGAAAAUGCCCAAACUGCAAGUCAUACAACACUCGGCAAACAAGAGGCUGAAGUGGCAAGAGUAGUUGCUGAAAUGACUUGCUGAUAUUUUUUCUGCAUUGAUGCAUCAUGAUUGGGUUCUCAUCAAGUGCAAAACAUCAUGGCCGCACUCAUGGAGAGAAUUGUUGUCCUUUGGGCAUGCAUUCUAUCUGGGUCAGAAAUUUUGUAUUUUACUUCCCUUGCCACCAUAUUGCUUGUAUGUUCGAUGUCUUGUAGAUAAUUGGCAACAUCAUUGCUGGUUCACCUAGACAAUAUAUUUUUCCUUUUGGUCCUUGUUUAGAUUUCCCUUUUGUGGGACAAAUGGCUGUUUGAUCCUUUUAGGCAGCUAGUUUACUAUUUCAUCCAUUGUCCAUGGAAUUGGUGUUGAACUUAUCCAUUCCAGUCAUCUUAAAUUUUGCCUAAAAGGGUUCAAAUUCUCCUGAUGUUGUGUGGGAGCAGCAUUAGUUGUGAUUCGUGAUUUGUCUGAUAGUAAACUUGUUUGUUGUGGAUUACCUUUUGAGUGUCACCUCUAAACCUUAGGCUUUGAGAGCAGAAAAUUUUGGCAGGGGUAUGUCUGAAAAGUUUAGCAUGUUCAUGUUAAGAGACAAAUUUGUGACUGCUUGUUAUCUUGCUGGUUGCUGGUAUUGAUUUUCUGGAGCACGGGAUGUUGCAGGCUGGUGUUGUGUGGCAGUCGGUUUCUUUAAUGUCAAUAUUGUUGUGUUGGGAUUGGAGGUUGAGCCCCAUCAUGAUGAGAACUUCGAAUUUAUUUUUGGUUUCAUCAGGACGAUGAACGUACCUUUUCUGUUUCA